UUAUUAUUUUGUGAAGAAUGUUAUAAUCAAUUUAUUAGAAAUACACCUUUAAGUUUAUAUAUACGAAACGAUGGAAUCUUUAUUGGUAAUUGUGACUUCUCACCUGAUAUAAAAAAGCAAUGGUCGGCUGCUGUAAGUGAAAAUAAAAUUGAAGAAUUUAAGAAGUUUGUUGAACCAAAAUUGGGACGUAUUCGAAGGAUACAAUCUCGUCAAGCCGAAUUACAAGUUUCUUCGUCUCUAGAAGCACAACGAAAAGAUGCGUUAGUACGUUCACAAUUUAUUCGUAGGGGGCAGGGUUUUGCUUUAGAACUUAUAGGUAAUGGCUCAGAUAGAUAUUCUUUUAAUGGCCAAAUUUACACCAAUCGCGGUGCUGCCGAAGCUGCUCAAAUUCAAAUUCAAAUAAAUAAUUGUUCGGAAAAGCUUAAUGAUCAUUUAAAUGAAAUGCGUCAAUUAGCAAUUAAACGCGCCAACUUCUGGUAUAACUUAUAA